AAUCCAGUUUUAUUGCGAUAUAAACUACACCCUGAGCAACAAGAAAAAAUAUCACAGCUAUUUAUUUCACUUGAAGACAAGAAUAAUUAGAUUAACGCGUCAGAUGCCGAUAACACUAAUCUACGGCUAGCGUUGUUUUAGUGCUCUUGAGAUUACAGAUUUUGUAUUUUUCUAAAGAUGAAAUUAGGGGACGAAAUCUUCACACUCCUUUACCAAACCAACGAGGAUAGGCAGAACAGGAUGAUCGGUUACGACAGGAUCAUCACCCUACAGACCACAGAGAAAUCUAACGCUCUGAGAAAACCAGGAAGGGAUACAAUUGAGGAUGGGGAAAUGGGGGAAGGUUCUCUAUCAGUCGGUGGUAAUACCCCUGUGCCUAAUUUUCCACAAUCAUGUGCCAUAUGUGGAGACAGAGCCACUGGGAAGCAUUACGGGGCCUCGUCCUGUGAUGGAUGCAAAGGAUUUUUCAGAAGAUCUGUACGAAAAAACCAUCUCUACAAUUGCAGAUUCAGCAGAACCUGCGUGGUCGAUAAAGACAAAAGGAAUCAAUGCCGAUAUUGCAGACUGCGGAAAUGUUUCAAAGCCGGAAUGAAGAAAGAGGCUGUGCAAAAUGAGAGAGACCGUAUCAGUUGUAGAAGAAACAGCUAUGAUGACCAAACAAUCGGAAAUAGUCUUUCGGUCAAUUCUCUUUUGAAUGCAGAAAUACUCUCACGACAAACCGGAGCUGCGCUUGAGAUGUCUCACGAUUAUGAUUUAUCUAACAAACAAGUCGCAACAAUAAACGACGUUUGCGAAUCAAUGAAACAGCAGUUGUUGUUCUUAGUAGAAUGGGCCAAAUUUAUUCCAGCGUUCUUAGAGCUUCAACUCGAUGAUCAAGUAGCUUUAUUACGCGCACACGCAGGUGAGCAUUUACUCUUAGGAUUAGCCAGAAGGUCUCUACACUUGAAAAACGUCCUUCUUCUCGGAAAUAAUUGCAUAAUACCAAGACACACAGCAGAUGCUGGCGGUACUGCAGAUUUGGACAUCAGCAGAGUCGGAACUCGUGUAAUGGAUGAACUUGUCCGUCCAUUGACGGAAGUGCAAAUUGAUGAUACAGAAUUCGCUUGUUUGAAAGCGAUUGUUUUCUUUGAUCCAAAUGCCAAAGGACUAACUGAAUCGGGCAAAGUGAAGUUUCUGAGAUACCAAAUUCAAAUAAAUCUGGAAGAUUAUAUAAGUGAUAGACAGUAUGAUUCUCGUGGCCGUUUUGGAGAACUACUUCUCACGUUGCCAGCAUUACAGUCCAUAACGUCACAAAUGAUUGAACAAAUUCAGUUUGCCAAGCUGUUCGGAGUUGCUAAGAUUGAUAGUCUGUUACAGGAAAUGCUUUUGGGAGGAGCGCCCGAUGUCCCCGCUGCGAACGGUCAGACAAAUUCAACUCCCAUGAACAUAGUCAAUUAUCCCAGUUCCGGUGGUUCACCAGAAAGUCAAAAUGGUUUGAGUCCUGUGCACAGCCCACCUCAAGGAUCCAACACCGUUCUCAGAGAUAUUUCAACAUCAACACAAGAUUAUCAAUAUUCUUUCAAGCAAGAACCCGGCCUUGAUGUGUAAUAGUUUUACAGUUCCGAGCUAGAUUACACUUUAAGCUAUUUUAACGAUUUAAAAGACAUUUUUUUCUACAUUUAAGAGAAAAAGUAGUAAUGGAUGAGAAUAGUUUUUACGCUCUGUAAUAAGCUCAUUGACGUUUGUUACAAUUUAAAUAUAAAAUUUACUAUGCUAACAAAAUAUCGGGUUAGAUGAAAUUAGGAUAUUAAGUAGCAAACAUUUUGUUAUAUCUGCCAGCAAUAAUUGUUACUGAAAUGUUUAUCCUUUGUUGUAUUGUAAUUAGUUUGUUGAUAAAAUGGUCAUUUUAUUAAAUUUCCUAAUGCAUUUUGAAGGAAAUGUUUUUGUUGAUGUUUAAAUUGAGAGUUAUUAGGCAUUAUGAUUUUUUUUCUCAUUUAUUUUUUGUUGUUAUUUUAAAUUGAUAUAUAAAAGAGAAUUUCUGUUUCUAUGGCUCUUUCUACGUAAUAAAUGGUAACAGUAUGUUAUUUUUUUAUUUGCA